UGGGACCUCACCUGGAGCGACACCUGGAACGACAACACCACCUGGAACAACACCUGGAACAACACCUGGAACGACCUCUACGACCUCUACGACCUCGACUCCACCCAGAUCCCCUCCGGCCACCGUUGGGUCUUGGUCCUUUACGCCGCCAUUUUCCUCCUGGGCGUCCCCGGCAACGCCGCCGUGCUUUGGGUGACGGCGUCCGAGCUCCGCUCCGCCGUCAACGGCGUUUGGUUCUCCAACCUGGCCCUGGCCGACCUUCUCAGCUGCUUGGCCUUGCCCUUCCUGGCCUUGCCGCUGACCACCGACCACCACUGGCCCUUGGGCGGCGCCGCCUGCAAGGCGUUACCGUCCCUCACCGUGCUGGCCAUGUUCUCCAGCGUUCUCCUGCUGACGGCCAUCAGCGCCGACCGUUGGGCUCUGGUGGCCCGGCCCGUUUGGUGUCACAACCACCGGACGCCCCUUUUGGCGGCGGCGGUUUGCGCCGGCGCCUGGGCGGCGGCGGCGGCGUUGACGGCGCCGUCGUUCGUCUUCCGCCAGGUGAGGUCGGAUCCGUUCUCGGCCAAAACCACCUGCGUGUUGUCCUACGGCCACCGGCGCGGCGCCGAGGUGGGGACGGCGGUUCUUCGGUUCCUCUGCGGUUUCUUGGGGCCUUUCGCCGUUAUCUCCGGUUGUUACGGCCGCCUGUUGCUGCGCGUGCGGGAACGAGGCUUGGGGAGGUCGCAGAAAGCCACCAGGACGGUGUUGGUGGUCAUCAUCAGCUUCUUCGUGUGUUGGUUGCCGUACCACGUGGUGGGUUUGGUGCUGGCGGCGGCGGAGCCGGGCGCGGCGGCGUUCCGCAGCGCACAGGCGGCCGAUCCGGCGGUGGCGGGGUUGGCGUACGUCAACGGGUGCGUGAACCCCAUCAUCUACCUGGUGAUGGGGCGGGGCCUGGGCCGGGUGAGGAGAUCGUGGAGGGCGUUGUUGAGGGCGGUGCUGAGCGAUGAGGGCGGGGCCACCACGGAGAGCCGGGGGCGGAGCGGUGGGACCACGGAGGAGAGCGAUGGGACGGUGGUGUGAGGGUGGUGGGGGUGGUGGGGGUUGUUGUUGUUG